AUGAGUUAUAAAGUGUUAUUCUUGAUUUUCAUUUAGCUAAGUUUUCAAUCAACAAGAAUCCGAACAAAAGAAUCAUAUACAAUUAAUCACGAAAUUGAAGAAGACACAAUAAAGUUGGCUCAUAAAAAGCAAACAGUCUAUGUCCUUAAGUAGAAAUCUUGAAAUAUUAAAAGUUUGACAACUGCUUAUGAUGUUGAUGUAUUUGAUGAUUCAGAAUCAGAUGAUCCUAUUCAGACACCAUACUUAUCAUUAGAUAAUAAAGAUGUUGAAUUGUUAGAAGUGAGAAAUUGUAAUGAAUUAAUCAAAUUUUAGAAUGUGUAGGUUUUCCUAAACAUCCUUAAUUAAAAGAGAUUUUAUAAUAUAAAAUCAAAGAUGCUACAGAAGAUUCCUAUUACACAGAUAUGGUGACUUUAUCAGAAUAUUCGAAUUUGUUUUUAAUGACACAAGAACUAUAACUUAUAUAGGUAAAGUUGCGUUGUAGUGAUUCUGGUUGGAUUGCUUAGGAAUCAUAAAGUGUUUUUGAUUUGAAAAAGCAAUUAAAAUUGUUGAAUCCAACAAUUAAAGCCAACGCUUUAUUCAGUUGUCCAAAAGUAAAUUAUUUAGAUAUAUGAUUAAAUAGAAACAUCUGAAUUGUUUGAUAAUAACUCCUUUUGGUGGAUUUUGGGUUUCUAAAUUUUCAGAUUUCGAUUCAAAUGAUUUACCAAUUGAACCUUAUCCUGAAUAAAGAAUUUUAUAAAGAAAGGUUGUUAACAAAGUUUCUACAUUUGGAGAAUACUUAGCUGUUGCUGUAGGAGAUGAGGGUGUAGAUCUAUAUAGUUAUGAAUAAGAUCAUUAAGACAUAUAUAAAAGAAGUAUAUUACAUUUACUGACAAUUUCUAAGUAAUAUUUUGAUGUUACUAUAAACAUUAUUGGAGUGAAAAUAAUUGAUAAUAAAUUGUUUUGCUUAGAUAAUACAUAAGGAUUAUUUAUUUUCAAUAUUUCUAAUGUAAGAAAACCAACUUUAAUAAUGGAUAUACAUAUACCUAGAACUGUAGCAUUUGAAGUAUAUGAAAAUACAGUUUUAGUAGUUGCUUAAACACCAAAUAAUAUUGAAUAUGUUAUGGAAAUCUUUAUAGAUUUAAAUGAUAAAUCUUAUUUUAUGAAUAGAGUUUUCGUUGAUGAUUUCACUUAUAGAGAUUUAUAGAUUAAUCCAAAUUAUGCAUUUUUAAUUGGAGAAGAAGCACAUCUAAUUAUAAAACAUUCAAUAUUUAAUGGAUUUGUAAAAUAUAAUAAAGAAUUAGUAAGAACAUUUUUUGAAAAUUAAUUAAUUCGUUUUGAAUUAUAUAGUAAAUCAAGUGAACCUGCAGAAAGAAGAUUUAAAGAAACAUUUUAUUAUGUUGGAUUAUCUCGUUAAUCUAUUCAUGUAUGGAAAUUUAUGGAUUAUCAUGCAUUUCUAUUAUGUAGUUUUGAUGAAAGAUCAGAACAUGAAAUAAUAAUUAAAUUAAACUCUACAUCAUGUGAUGAGAAUUUAAAAAGAGAUAGUCUUUAUUAAUAAUGUUAAGCAGAAUAGAAAAUUAAUGUUUUAGUUUCUGGACCAUUGUUUUAUUCAGAUACUUUUACAAUUUUAGUAUUUAUUCUUAUUUUUUUGGGAGUAUUAUUUAUUUAUUAUUAUUAAUUAGAUUGUAUUAUGUAUAAUUUGUAUAUGUGUAUGUGUAAGAUGGAAAAGAUUAUUGAGAGAAUUAGAAGAUAAUAGAUAUUAGUUAAAAGAAAUGAAGAAGUAUGGUCAAUUAGCAGAAUACGAUUAAAAUCAAAUAUGA